AUGGCCGCCGUCGCCCGCUCAACUGCAACUGCAACGGCAUCCUCGCGCCCCCUCGGCCUCGUCAGCCCUCGCCGCUCUCUUCCCUCGGCCAGCUCAACGCACCUGGGCCCCUCUCUCUUCUCGAGUCCACCUCGACCGACACCCAUCCUCGCAGCCUCUCGCAUGGCCACAACUGCCCUCUCGAAGCUCCACAUCCAGCACCGCCUCCUUUCUUCCGCCAUCUCCCCCAUCACCGCUGCACGCGCCACCAUGUCGACCGCCGCCGCCGCCGCCAACCACAACCAAGACCCGGCCACCAAGGCCUUCACCCCGUCGCCCUCCAAGCUCGAGGUGUUUGCCGGCUUCCAGCGCGGCGACGAUGUGCGCACAAAGAUCGCACAGAUUCUCAACCACAACCAUGAAAAGCAUCACUGCUUCUUCAACGACAAGGGCUUCCACAACCACUCGGCCCACCAGAUCCUCGCCGACUACGCCAUCGGCGCAACCGCCGAGCAGCUCGACGCCCACUACGAGUACCAGCUGACGCACGACCUCGCCACCGGCUACAAGUUCGGCGACCGCAGCAGGUACGACCCGUACUACCAGGACCCCGCCAGUCCCGCGGGAGCCGCCAAGGGCGAGCAGGAUGCCGCCGCAGCGCAGCGGGCCAGGAUUGAAAAGAUCACCUCGGCCAACUGGACCGACCACCUCGGCAAUCCGAGGUACUACUGGUCCUACCUGCACUUUUUCCGAGAGCAGCUCGAGUCUCGCGGCCUCGGAGGCUGCCUCGAGCAUCUUGUCCUCAGCGACGAGGCCAACAAGGACGGCAGGCACAUGCUCGCCCGCUACCUGGGCGGCGUCAUUCACGGUCUCAUCCACUUUGGCUACGGCGCCGAGUUCCAGCUGCUCCCCAUUGCUGCCGAAGGCCUCGCCAUGACGACGAGCACGGGCCUCAAGCACCAGCACCUCUUCCCGCCCGGCUGGACCGAGCGCAACCUCGCCGACCCGGCCUCUGCCAAGCGACUGGUCCCGCUGAUGAAGGAGAUGCUCGACGACGACCGCCUGUCGCCCGAGGCGCUCGGACUGACGCAGAACGACUCGGGCCUGCCCGACGAGCCGUUCGAGCAAGGCGGCAAGGCAGUCGGGCUCAUCAACGACUACGCCGACCGCUGGUCCCUGACCGCCGGCCCCGCAGCCGAUGGCAAGGACAUCGAUCUGGACGCCGUCGUUGCCGACCUGGCGUGGUUUUCUGUGCUCGUGCUCGGCGCCGUGCCCAAGCAGGGAAAGUACUACAAGCACGACUUUUUCCUGAUGCACGCCAACAACGCGCACAUCUACACGCGCACCGUUGUGCCGCUCCUGUCGCGCGAGAGCCAGCAGGUGUACCUGCGCGGCGUGGUGCGCUACUUCCUCUACUUCUGGAUCGCACGGGGCCGACCGCGCUUCAGCACGGCCAACUGGAAGGCCGAGUCGGACGCCGCCGCCGCCGUCGGGUGGGAGCGUAUCUUUGGAAUGGCCCGGGCCGACGACGACGAGCACCUACCGAAAGCGGUACGCGCCCUCUACUUUUACUCGCACCACAUUUCGUCGCUCCCGCCCGCCGAAGACGACACGGGCAAAAGGGCACUGUGCCUCCCUGGUCUUUUCGAUCGAGGCGCUGACACCGACACCGACACCGGCAUCGGCGGCGAGGACGUGGACGUGGAGGGUAUGGUAGGUGGUGGCGACGACGAUGUGUUUUUGCUGACGGCUCGACAGAUGUAUCACCAGAUGGGCGGAGAGGAUCGCGUGUCUUGGGAUUUCCACGGAUUCUACCCGGACGUACCCGCCGAUGCGCCCAUUGGACGUUGA